AUGUUCACUGGCCAGACGCCGCGCUGCGUGGCCUGCCUGCCGGGCAGCUACACCGACGAGCCCAACCAGCGCGUGGCCUGCAAGCUCUGCCCGAUGGGCGAGACGACCAACGCCGAGCGCACCGAUUGCAUGCCCUUCAUGGAGGCCUUCUCCGAGGCCAGGAACCAGGCCUCCAAGACGCCCAAGGUGGUGGUCUCGUCGGUCAAGCCCGCCGUCGCCGAUGCGCAGGCCGCCCUCGACUCUACGCUCUCCGGCGCCGCCGCACGCUUCAACGAGCUCACGGGCCGGGCAGCCAAGACUGGGGGUGCCGCCGCGGAGGCUUUUGCGGAGAAGAGGGCGGAGCUGGCCGAGGGGCUGGCCAAGCUCAAGGCCCCCCACUUCCCCAGCCUGCCAAACCUGCCGGCCCUCCCCAGCCUGCCCAGCCUCCCGAGCCUGCCCAGCCUGCCCAACCUGCCCAACCUGACUGUUGCGGAGGGCCUGGCGAAGAUCAAGCCGCCCCACCUGACCAACCCCUUUGGCGAGAUCAAGUUCCAGAACAUCACAGACCAGUUCAAGGGGGCACUGGCGGACGCGUUUGACAACGUCAAGAAGAGCACCGGCCUCGACAAGUUUAACGGCACCAUCCCCCCGAUGAAGGACGUCCCCGGCCUUGAGAACGGCGCCUCCAGCAGCAAGGAGGCCCUCUUCAAGCUGGCCAAGGGCCUGGCCGCCGACAAGAACGUGCAGGAGCUGUUCCUCAAGACCAUCCCCCAGAACAUCAAGGACGCCCUGGACACAGUCAACGCCAUCACCACCCCCGCCACGGUGGGGCCCGCCGCUCCGUGA